AUCUCCAGGCAGAACAUCUCGAUUUGUUAAUUGCGCGUACGUUACUUUCGCCGCUGUAGAGCUGGGGCACGUGAAAGUCGGACGCUACCUCGAGCGACGACCGCAAAUCGAGGUUCCUGCCACGAGCGAGUUCACGGCACGGGAACAGCCGCAGAUCAGUUGCGGCGCGCAAUCUAGAAGCGAAGAUCAACGUCGCUGUUCUUCCGAGUCUGUCGUAUGCGCGGUGACGCUACCUGAUUGCUGCAUGAAGGCAUAGAUGCAGUGGAUUCUGCACUGCACUAGUGUUGCCAUCAAGUACCUUUGCCUGAUUGCUUUGUUCCAAGUACCCAAGGAACCGGUGGACUGAACGAACUCUAGGCCUCUGGGAGGAAGACAUGACUGAGGAGCAGAAGGUGGAGCUGCUGAGGGUCGUGGCUGCAUCCAAAGAGACGGCACAGAGGGAGGAGGCCGUGCGGCAGGCCCACUUUGCACCAGUCAAGCACCAUGUCCCACCAGUGUCGACUGAAACCCGAGACCACAUCACUUGGGACAGAAAGGUUCCUGUAACUGUCCUGGUGAAUGACACGAAAUCCAGCCCAGCAAAGGGAGGCCAUGCAUCAUCACCACAAGAUUGGUGGACCACAGAAGGCAGUGAUGAUGACGAGUGGCCAACACCGUCCAGUGCCAAGCAAUCGAGACCCUCCAGGCGACAGCCAGUUGCACUCAAGUCAACGGUGCGCCGAGUGUACAGUAUGGAGCAACGACUCAACUUUCAGUGGGGAAAGGCAGAUGAAAUGGAGCUGGAAGAUGCCAGGUUGUCCCGCCUUGGCCUGAAUGCUGAAGGCCAAGCUGGCCCAACUCCGCUGUGCAAUGGUGGAUGGAAGAACCCACCUGCUUUGCUCGAGUCGUGGGCAUCGAUGCACGUCGCACUGAAGCAGGCCCAGUCGUCGCCGGGACUGCCUCUGCGGCCGUGGACCGAAUGCAGGGAGGCACUUCCAUCACUGCUCAGCGUCCAGGACAGCAGGACACGAGAGUUCGGUAAAGCAACACAGCUGGUAAUACCUGGCCCGAGUGGCCUCGGCACGUCUGCACACGGACAGGAUGUGUGCAGCUCAGGAGAUUCUACUCCAGAGAUUCCCGGGUACAACCGGCAUGGCUGGAGCACUAUACGCCGCCGCCGCAGGAGCAAGCGGCAGAGAAGCUUGGUGAUACGAAGCAGCGUGAAGCUCCGCGAGGUCAUGAUGUGCAAGAGAGAUGAAAAAGGCCCUGACCUGUGUGCCACCAGUGCCAUGGAUGCCAGUGACACUUAAAGCUGCCACGGCACCCGAGUCGGAGCUGCCACUUGGCUGAUGUUCUUGCCUAUGGGUGAGAAGAGGGUCACCGUGGUUUCGCAUGGAUGCUCAAAAGAAUAUUUUUGCACUCUUGUGUUCUCACUCGCUGUCUUUCUUUUUGUUUUGUGUUCUACAAGAAUAAAUUAAGUAUUCUUGCA